GUGACUGAUAGACAGUUUGCCAGUCCCUCGCGGUACACGAGGGGUUGUCGCCGCCAGUCUAGCUAUCCACUCCCUAUUGUGUAUAUGGCUGGGUAUAAGGCGUGUCCGUAGCAUUCAGACCACGCCCACAUUUAGGAGGAGAAGAAGAAGCUACAGUACAGUAUAGUACAGUCGAGUCGAUCUAGUCGAGUCACGUCAUACUGUGCCUGUUAUUAGCUGCCCCUGGAAAGGAAUAAGAUGAUUGUUAGAGUACAGAGCAGUGAUGGGACUAAGCGUAUCCCCUCCAACCCAACAGACACCCUCCGGACACUCCUGGACAAGGUGAUAGCUGCGUUUCUAUUGGAUGCCUCCACAAGCUUCUCUCUCUGUCGCAGACCUGGUGGGAAGGAGGAGCUACAACCAGGCCAACUGGCCCUCCAGUUAGGGAAUAUCCCUAUACACCAUGGCGAUAUGCUCUACCUGAUUGUCAAGACUGGUGUUGAGGGGUCAGAGGUCAAAGGUGGCAUUGAGGAAGAUGAGGUCGAUCAUGUGUUAUCCAAGAGGGACGGGCAAGUCAGUCGAUCACGAGACCCCCAGCUGUGUCAUCAUGGUCCACAGAGCAAGUGUGUCAAUUGUAUGCCCCUGCAACCAUGGGACAAAGCUGUACAGGAGGGAAGAGACGACACUACCAUCAAACACCUCUCAUUUCAUACUCACAUUCGCAAGCUCACGAGUGGAGUGGACAGAGGGAAGUUUGCAAACCUUGAGGAUCUGAGCUGCAAGAUCAAGCCAGGCUGUAAGGACCACUCUCCCUGGCCUGCUGGUAUAUGCACCAAGUGUCAACCCAGUGCCAUCACUCUAGCUAGACAGGAAUAUCGACAUGUGGACAAUGUCAUGUUUGAGGAUGGAUCCAUUGUCGAUAGAUUCCUUGAUGGCUGGAGGGAGAGUGGGGGUCAAAGGUUAGGCUACUUGCUAGGUCGUUAUGAGGAGUACACUGAUGUGCCUCUGGGCAUACGUGCCGUGGUGGCAGCCAUCUAUGAGCCCCCACAGACAUCACUGAGUCACAGUGUGGAGCUGCUGGAGGACCCUGCUAGAGAAAUGGUGGACCAAGUGGCCACUCUUCUGGGACUAAGAAAGGUUGGUUGGAUCUUCACUGAUCUUGAGUCUGAAGGGAACAUCAAAGUGGCAUACAAGAGGAGCAUUAACACACAUCUGUUGAGCGCUGAGGAGUGCAUUAUGGCCGCAAAUUUUCAAAACCAGUACCCUAAUCCCUCCAAGCUCAGCACAACUGGCAAGUUUGGGUCAAAGUUCAUUACUGUGUGUGUAUCAGGAAACGAAGCCAAUCAGAUCGACCUCAAAGGAUAUCAGGUGUCCAAUCAGUGCAUGGCAUUAGUGAGGGAUGAUUGUCUAGUGCCUACACUGGACGCUCCAGAGCUAGGAUAUGUACGAGAGUCGACCUCUGAACUCUAUGUCCCUGAUGUGUUCUACAAGACUAAGGAUAGCUAUGGAGAGAUGACGCGACUAGCACGGCCAUUACCACUGGAGUACCUCAUCAUUGAACUCACCACCUCUCACCCUAAGAACCCUCAACCGCUACUACCAGGGGGCAAAGGUCAAUUCCCCAUCUCCAACCGUUUCACCAGUCAUCAGGACUUUAGCUCUCUGUGUGGGUACGUGCAAGGUCAAACUGGUGUGCCCUUCCUUAGCUUCAUGGCCAACUUCCAUCUCCUGCUCUACCUGUACUCACAUGAGGUGGCUGGCCUGCGUCUCAAGGCACACCUCCCCCUACUUUGUGAGGCUAUCUGCUCUGGGAACAAAUCUCUGUCCGAUGAAUGGAGGGCACGGGAUGAGUGGGCGACAGUGGAGCAGCUCAUAGCAGCCUCCACAGAGAGUCCGACUGGGUUAGCCCCGCCCACUAGACUGCCUUCUUCUAGUAGCGAGUCCUGGCAAUGUCAACACUGCACUCUGUUGAACCCUCCACAAGCUACCGACUGUGAGGCUUGUCAUCUACCCAAAUAAACAAAAACAAUCAAAAUUAAUUAUUAUUAUCAUUAUUAUUAUUAUUAUUAUCAUUAUUAUUAUUAUUAUCAUUAUUAUUAUUAUUAUUAUUGUGUCCACUCUGUA